GUUGAAUUAGCCAGAAGGUCUAUCAACUCCAACUCGCGUACUAUCAACCCGUGUGUUACGAUAACCAAUUCGGGAUUUUGAUCCGAUUUUAAUUGGAUUCCUGCUAGCGGACUGUGGUAUUGGCCCUCCAAUUUACCGAAACAAUGAACAAGAAAGGCAUGUGCAAUCUUUUGGCUAUUUUAGCAAACAAUGAGCUUUUGCUUCCAAACUUGGAAGAUUUUAAAUAAAAUAAACCAUGACACGUUUGCAUUCAAAACCUUUAAUUCUUGGAAGCGGACUGUGCAAUUCAUUCCAGAUCCAGACUUCAAGCAUUCUUCCUAUAAAGUUAUAAAAGCUUAUCCACAAUACACACUAUAGUCGUUAAAUUAAUAGUUGUGUAACGAAGUUCACCAAAUGGACAUGAGAAUUGCGAAAGUAAUAAGUGCUUGCCUCCAUGAGGUCGUCGCUGUAGUCUUUCUAUCUGCCUAGCUUUGGUAGAUUUCCCCCGACGCAAUCCACAGAAAUUCCACGAAUCCCUAGGUGGAUAAGUCCGACGACUCAGCACCAGUGCACGGAAUGUUAAAAUGUCAUGGAGGCCAAAUAUUCCAAAUCUUACGGUCACUGGAGGGUUUUCCCGGUUCGUUAAUUUCAGAGGCCCGGAAUUAGUUGAGGUACGCACAACCUGACCCGGACAUCCGGUUUUUGGAAAGAAAAAAAUUGAAAUCAAAGGAGUUCACAAAUCACAACCAUACAAGUCAAGCAACCAUACAGGCUCAAACUGAGCCAUGAAGGGGCUGCUCUAGGAUUUAAGAUUAGCAUUGACAAGAACGUGCAGAAAAUAUUUAUGAUAAAUAACUCUUAUCUGGGAAAAAAAAAAAAAAGUAGUGGUUUGGUUGAAAAUUAAUUGAACAGAGUUUAUAUUAUUGUUGUUGGGCUAUCAUCUCUACUUACUGACUUCAAGUGGGUUUUCACUCACUUCGGCUUCGUACAAUUGUUCCAAUAUUAACAAUUGUACGAGGCCGAAGUACAUUAGAAAAAAAUAGUGUAUUCUUUGGAGUUUGGACCCUUCUCACUUUUUUGUAAAGCCGCCCUAGCAUACAUGCUCAACCAGUUGAAAUGUGGGUUCAGAAGGGAUAUCUAGCUUAUGGGACAAGGGUGAGAAAGUAAGAUCCAUAAUAUCAUAUGUCUCUUUACAACCCCAAACCCUUCUAGUGUUUUCGAAGUUAAUGCUUUAAGUACCCCUACUUUCAUCACUAAACAAAACCACUAUUUGGAUCCCUUUGCAACUCCUCUAAUUAAAAAGUUUUUAUCCAUCACUAACUUGGUUCUUGGUUUGGGUUUGGAGGAGGUUUUUGGGGUAAUAAUUGGACAGAAAACUUAUUAAGGACAAUUCGCAAAGAGAAAGAGGUUGGUUUUAGAGGCCCAAAGCAAACACAAUUAAGCAAAAGAUAUGGCUUCUCCCCCACCCAUUGGGUAAUUUUUUUGUGGGAGGGCCAGGCCAUUUUCAAAAAAAAAACCAAAGUACUGGACGUCCCAAACCCUCUCAUUCCCAAUCUCUUCCAAAGCCCGACAACGCGAACAAAAUGUUUUGUAAAUUUUAGAUUUGCUCCAUAUAAUGCUGUCGGAUAUCCACCGACCACAACAAUUCUAACGACAGAGAAUCCUUGGAGAAAUGAAAAAACAUGCUUUGAUCGCUUGCAAACAAGUACCAUUGAUUCAGCGGAUCGAUCUCUAGGCUACGGCAUACACAAAGGAUCCUACUUACAAUCCGACUCAUUUUUUUCUUUUUUUUUUUGCAAGUAAUACUAAUAAAAUUUUACUGAAAAGGCAUCAACGGGAUGUCACCCAUGUACAAAAGAAAGCAUCCAGCGCUAUUGUUUUCAUAGUGGAUGAGGUAUCUUUCAUGUUAAACUAGUAAAUGUACCACUUGAACAAGAGCAAACCCUCCAUUGGAAGCAAUGCACAGAUGCCCCCUUAUGUUUAAAAAGUGAAAAAGGAGCAAAGAUAAGCUAUAAAACCAAUGCCAAAGGGAGGUACAGCAGUUAACGAGGUUGUUUUACACUUGUACUUCACAUUGGAAGCAGUUGUCCAAACCCCUCAUUUUUGGCACAACUGCAGACCCCUCCCUCUCUCUGUCUCUCCAACAACAGCAUCAAACUUGAGCAAUGCCACCUUCCUCGCAUGUCUUCUGCUUUCUGUUCUUAUUGUCCUCCCUCUCUGUCACAAAUGGGGCUCAACUUAUACUUGUAAACAACUGCAAUGAAAGCAUAUGGCCAGGAAUGCUAGGCGGCGCUGGUCAGCCUACGCCAAAAGAUGGGGGGUUUCAACUGAGCAGCGGUGAGGAAUCAGUCAUUGACGUGCCAGAGAAGUGGUCAGGGAGAAUUUGGGCCAGGCAAGGUUGCAGUUUCGACGCCAGUGGAAAAGGCACUUGUGAAACCGGAGAUUGCGCCAACCAACUCCACUGUCGGGGCAUGGGCGGAGUACCACCGGCCACGGUGGUGGAAAUGACGCUCGGGACAUCAGUUUCACCCUUGCAUUUCUACGACGUGAGCUUGGUGGAUGGAUUCAACUUGCCGGUAUCAAUGGCUCCUGUGGGAGGCGGUAUCGGGUGUGGAGUGGCGGCUUGCGUGGUGGAUUUGAACAUUUGUUGCCCGUCGAUGUUGGAGGAGAGGAUAGGAGGGAAAGUGGUGGGGUGCAAGAGUGCUUGUUUGGCUAUGCAAUCGGCCAAGUAUUGUUGCACUGGGAGUUAUGGGAACCCCCAAACUUGCAAACCAACACUGUUUUCUCACCUGUUCAAGGCAAUAUGUCCUAAAGCCUAUAGUUACGCUUUCGAUGACUCUUCUAGCCUUAACAAGUGCAGGGCUUCACGCUAUGUCAUCACUUUCUGCCCACCCAAAUGAGAUCAACACUAGGAAAUGAAGUGUGUUAAGUGUUGGAGAUCCCUUUCAUUUUCCUUUCCAGCAAUUUGUGUUCCAAUAUAUUUGGUUAGUCAAAGGCAAUGUUAGCUUAUUAGAAGAUGCAUGGAACAUCAUCCUAAGGUAACCUUGUAAUUAUUCAACGGAGAUGUAUGCCAUACAACCCGACCUCAGGCUCUUUCUUACCAAC